AUGAACCUGGAUACAAUUCCGUUAGCUGAAGAACUGGUGCAGCAGCUCUUAUCAUAUAUAUCAGACCAAAAUGAUCUAGAAGGAGCCUCUCCAAUCCGCGUAUACUUGGAAGUUCUAGAGUCAUCCCUCCAAGCUCCAGAGUUCUCGCUCUCAUUAAUUAACAUUUCGACAACUCCCAAUAGUUAUUACUUUUCUGUGGCCUUUCUUGACGUCGAGACCGGCGCCCACUGGGAAGAUCAUGCGCACAGAAAGACAGGUGCAUCUCAUAUCAUCCUUGGCAUUACCAAGCCUCUAACUGAAAACGAAGAUGAGGUUGUUCUACGCAUCGAUAAGCAUGUUAUGGUUGAGGCAGUGGAUGAGAACAAGAUGGGCGGCACGCUAGGCGACAUUUUGAGUGUUUUCCUUGCUGCCUUGACAAAUGGAGUCCGUAAUCAAGGUUCUUCCAGAAUUGCUUCCAGUCUAUCUUGUCUCUGGGGCCCAGGUGGUUUCGACCAAGCUGUAGCAGUUGCCGUCAGAGGAGCGGAAACGACGAGGUUGCUGGGAGCGACAGUGAGUCGUUCAACAUGUGUUGGGGCCAGUCAAGAAUUGAAGCAACUACCACUAGAUGUAGGCGCUUGA